CUCACUGCUCGUUUGAUUGGUCUUCCAAUGAAUUCUUCUGUGUCGCAUGCGUGUACAUCUGUUUCAACGCGACUUGUUUCGUCGUAGCUCGCACUCCAUUGCACGCACAUAGCCGUCGAUGAACCACGAAAAUGGCACAGGAAUCGAUGCGUCACAGCUCUCAGUCUUCAGCAAUACUUCCAAAGACAAAAAAUAGUAGCUCGAUAGAGCAGAGACCGGUACGAUCUUGGGUACAUCUGCUUGCUGGCGCCAAUGGAGGAUUAGCCACAGCGCUUGUUACAUCCCCGCUUGAUGGUCUGCGAACUCGACUCCAAUCAGAUUACCACCGCCCUUCUCUCGUUCCUGCGUCUCCCGUCCAGUCCAGGCUUACUUUUCUUGGUCCAUCGAAGGACCACAUUCGCGGCACCUUCCAGAUCAUUGGCUCCAUCUCCCAUACCGAAGGCUGGCGCGGCUUCUAUCGAGGUCUCGGGCCAAGCCUUGCAGGCGUAGUCCCUGCAACUGCAAUUAAAUUCUACGUCUACGGCAACUGUAAAUAUCUUGGAGCGCAGAUGCUAGGGUGCGGAGAAGACGCGGCCAUAGUUCACGCCUACGCUGCCGUUGCCGCUGGGAUACCAACAGCGACUGCUACAAAUCCAAUCUGGCUUGUUAAAACAAGACUGCAGCUUGAUACCUCAACAGUUGAAACACUGAUUUAAAGAAGUGACUGAGAGCGUAUGCCGGUAAUCUGGAAAGGCAUGGAGGCCUAUCAUCCAAGCGUCGUCUGUGUGCGGCGUAGCGGGAGAGCUUGGAUCCGAAGUCCUUCUAGAAGUCCAUCGAAACGCUUUACCAGAAUGCCCUCGAAUCCGUGCCUUCACGCGCUCAAACAAAGUGCUCAAUGUUCUGGCUGAGGAGACAGAUAU